AUAUAGGAGGUUUGCCCUAAUCACUCCCUAUAUAAACAGCUCCAAAUGAGGCUCCUGCACUUCAUAGAAAAGAUCUGUGGUUGUGUCACCAUGAGCAUCCAGAAAAUCGAGUUGAAAGUCUGCAUUAACUGCCGCAAGUGUCAGAGAAACUUAAUGAAAGCUGUUACCAAACAUUCAGGUAUAGAUGAGAUAUCAGUGGAUGCUGAGAAGGAUAUAUUGACUGUAAUCGGCGAAAUUGAUCCGGUAAAAGUGGUGAAACAAAUCAAGAAGAUUAAGAAGGAGGCUGAUAUUAUUACAGUUGGGCCCCCUGAGAAGCCAGAAAAUAAAGAAUCCAAGAAAUCUGAUGAUAAAGACAAACCAAAACCACUCCCCCCUUGUUGUCAUGACUGCCAACUUAUUACCAUAGGCUAUGGAUAUGAAGAUGGCAGAGUCUGCACCAUCCUCUAGAGGGCACAGGCUGAUACAUUGCGCCUUUUUAUUUGAGGAAAGUGCUUGAUCAAGUCAUGGAGUCGUAGUAAGUAGAGCUUUUUUGCAAUCAGGAAAGCAGUGUCGUUUGUGGCAGUGAUAGAUCUUUAAAAGCAGUGUCGUUUCCUGUCUAAAUUGGACAGGAUUUCCUUUUGUGAUGUAAAUAGAUCUUUAAAAAUAAAAAUAUAUAUCAGCAGCUCAUACUGUG